UUCUUUCUUCAAGGAUGUCCAUUUUCAGUUACUGGAGACCUUUCCCAUGUGAAAUAUGCAUCUUUGUUAUAAAUAUAAAACUAUUAUUGACUAUUCUCUAUGAUUAUAAAAUUAUUAUUUAUUUAUUAGGUUUUCUUAAAAAGCACUAUGCUAGUUGGCUUAAAAGAACGGGUACAAAAUAGAACUUUCAAGGCGAUGGUGUUUUGAUAAUUUAGAAUAUAACAAAUUGAUUGAAUUUUCUAGACGAGUGGUAUUUUGAUCAUUUUAGAAUUAAACAGAUUGAUUCCUUAGUUUUCAUGGCUUGUCAAUGGUGACCGGUAAAUGAAACGGAAUUUAGGUACCUUGUUGCAACGACUUAAUAAUACAUUAAAAUGCAAUGUCUUAUUUAGGUACCUUGUUGCAACGACUUAAUAAUACAUUAAAAUGCAAUGUAAGACAGUACAACCUUAUAAAUGAAAAGUGAGUACCUUAUUGCAACGACUUAACUAUACAUUAAAAGGCAACAACACAACCUAAAUAUCAUAUAGUCGUUAUUAUUGGCGAGUGCAGAAACUACAGGAAAUGCGUGAUUUGUGUAUCUCGUAGGAGGUUAGCAUCUCAAUUAAGUACUUUGACAUCUUCAAGCCAUCUCCUCGCAUCCCUUUUAAUAGUACGGUGUUUCCUAUACUCAAAUUUAAAAUAUAAAAUAAAUAAAGAUUUUCUUUUGAGCUCCAUUACCGUCUAUCAGGUAAAUUAGCAUCUUUUCACGUAAAUAUUUUAUUUUAUUAAAUUUUAACCUAUCCAUAGCUCGAUAAACAUAUUAGCUCCUUAAUUGUGCAUGCAGAUCUUCCCUUCCCCAUCACUGCGCGGUGAAUUGUCAGCAGAGAUUCCGUCGGCCUUAAUCUGAGAAACAAGUUUGGGUUGGUGCGUUCGUCGCCUCGAGUGCCUUGCUCACGUUGAGAUCCCGUAAUUCCCACUCACCCUUGGAUCGGCUUGCGGUGCUGUCAAUCACGGCGCCCCCAAAACCUUUGGUUCAUACGGCGUUCAUCCUAGACGCCAUGGAGGCAUCGAGUCAGCGGGACGAGGCACAUUGGGAUCAGGUGCUCUCGAGUUUGGAUCUGCUAUUUGCUCGUGUGAGUGCGAUUGGUGUCUCUCAGAAGGAACUCAAGGCCCAGUUGGAGCAGACUACUACAACGGUGGAUCAUUACGGCAAGGAACAGCAGCUCGUCGCCAAGCGAGUUGAGGCAACAGGGCAGACGGUGGCUCGUCUGACUAUGGACAUGAUGACUGACAGUGACUCGGAAACCAAUUCGGUGCGGACCAUGGGGGGUGGUAGCCACCAGAGUGCCAGGCCAGUUCAGACGGGGGAUGGUUCUGCUCGCCGGCCGGAUCCAGGGGUGCCGCGUCCUGCGAGGGAGUCCACUCAUAUUCCACGCUCCGUUAUUCCUAAGAUGCAGUUUCCCUUGUUUAUUGGUGAACACCCAAAGAUCUGGAGAGAAAAGUGCCUGGAUUAUUUUCGCAUCUCCAACAUUGAAGAAAGUAUGUGGGUUACUGCAGCUGCUCUCCAUUUCGACAAGAAUGCAGCAAAGUGGCUGCAAGUGUACAAGAAGCAACAUCUUCGAGCUACUUGGGACCAAUUUGCUGAUGCAGUGGAAGCUCAGUUUGGUCAGUAUGAGUACAGGAAGGCUCUGGAUGAUCUUUUGCAACUCAGACAGACUGGUUUAGUGGAAGAGUAUGCUGAUCAGUUUGAGGCAUUGUAUUAUCAGCUCAUUAUGCAUAACAGUGGCUAUGAUCCUGUGUUUUUUAUUCAGCAAUUUAUCAAUGGGUUGCGAUCUGAUGUGGGCAUGGCUGUACAGACACAAGUGCCGACUACACUACAUCGUGCUAUUAGAUGGCCAAGAUCCAUCAAAAGGUACAGGAAAGAGGAAAGAUGAAAAUGCAGAAACCACUUCUGUCAGCAAAAUCCCCUCCCUCCCAGCCCAAGCAGUCACCACCAAGUUCCUUGUGGAAGAAAAGACAGAAGAGAGAUUAUUGCAGAGCCAAUGGCCUUUGUUACUGGUGCAGUGAGAAAUAUGAUCCCUCUCACACCGAGGUAUGCACAAAACAACCCAAAGUUCAAGUCCAUGCUGUAUCUGUGAAUAGUCUUGAUGUGGAACUGUCAGAGAACAUUUUGGCACAGUUAGAGGAUGCUCUUUCUCAAGAUUUCUUUUGUCCUUGAAUGCAAUGACUGGUACUGAUAAAGGGCAAACAAUGAGAGUCAGGGCACUUGUGAAAAACAAAAUAAUGCUGAUAUUGGUGGAUAGUGGCAGUACACACAGUUUUGUCAGACUUCUUUUCUUAAGAAAGUGGGCAUUACUCCUAUUUCUGCUGAACCCAAGGUUGUCAGCAUGGCCAAUGGGACUACCUUGAUUACUGACAA